ACCUCGCCGUGGAGAAGAAGGAGACAAAGUUGGUAGGAUAAGCAGAGCAGACCUCCAUCGAUCAACGGGUCAAGACUUACAGGGGAAAAAAAGGAAUAAAAAAAAGGCAUUUCGCCACCGCGCCACGUGUCGGCUUUCUAUUCAGCUGGUGAGGUUCAGAGAAGAAGCCUCCCCUCGUCUUCUUAAGAGGGAAGUUAGCAAUAAAAGGAGGAGAGUGAUAUCAAAUUCAAUACCACCACACACGCUCGUUCCUCCUCAGCUGAUCGAUAAUCGAAAGGUAGCGCCUUUCUCUUCUCUCGUCCCUUCUCUCCCCGAAUCACCGACGACCCAUUUCCCCGCUCCUCCGGAACCCGACGUGUCCCGGCGAGACGAGGCCCGACAGCAUUCGCCGGAGAGCUGAAGAUAUGGACGUUGACUUCUGGUCUUCCCGCGUCUUCCGCUCCUCCAGGCACUUCUCUGCCGUCCACGCUUCUGGGCUUUAUUAUGAUAAUCACAUAGUAUUCGAUGAUUCAGAAGGAGAUGACGACUUCAAGGCUCUCUUUCCCUGCCCCUUCUGUUACGAGGAAAUUGAUGUUAAUAAUCUCUGCAGACACUUGCAGAAUGAACACUGCUUCAAUUUGAAUGAUGCGGUCUGCCCUCUCUGUGCGGCAAAUUUAGGAAAAGAUGCCACCAGACAUUUUAUAGAACACCAUACUAGUUCAUUAAAGAGGAGGAGACGAUCCAAUAGGUCUGGAUUCUCGCCUUUUAGCUCAGCGUCUCUCAGCAGGGAGCUUAGCUCGUUUCUUGGGUCUUCAGCGCAUGACCAUGUCAAGGGAAAUGUAUCUGAGGCGACACCUGAUCCGCUCCUCACACCUUUUCUACAUAAUUUACCAUUCUCAAAUCCCAAUCAAGCUCAGCAAGAGGAUGCUUCCUCUGUGGAUUCACCAGCUACUUCUGAUGCAAAAAGCCCUUCAUCGGACGAAGGUGAGGGACAAGACCAUGGAACAAGAAGGCAGAGAGCAGCAUUUGUUCAAGAGUUGAUGGCCUCGAUCAUUUUCUAGGAUUUCCACUUCUCUUGUUUUCCUCCCCUCAUUGUCGGGUGCAAGCAAUUGCGCAUCCCUUACCAAGCGACGACCUUGGUUGCCGAUCCUGGGCGCUUGAUAGUUGAAAGUAGCUUAUGAAUUAUGUAUCACGCGACAACUACUUGUGCUGAUUGGAAAUGGCCCACGUUAUUGAAUUUUAAUUAGCCAGUGUAACUUAUUUCUUCAGCAAAAAAAGAGUACAUAGAUUUCAUUCGCA